AUGAGCUGCUUCAAGGUCUACUACGACGACUUGUCUGUCGACGAGAUCGUCACCAUGGUCAAUGACGACGAUCUGCCGGACACGGUCCUGCGUCGCAAGUGCCGCAUUUGUGCACACGUUCAUAUGCGUGUCGACCGUCUGCGUGCCUGUUUCUGGGAGAAAACGCAAAAGGCCGUCAACUGUGCCCUUCGUCUGGUCGGGAAGAAAGCUCUUCCUCAUCACAAGGCCAGUAGCCACGGCCACGGCGUGCCGGCCAGCGAGCUCUUUACGCCGCAGAUGCUGGUCGCCGGGGCCGAUGAACUGGCUCUGACGCGGGCGCCGACGGGCAUGUCGACCAUUUCAGUGUCGUCGCUCCAGUCGCUGACACCGUCGCGUCUGGCAGCAGCUGCGGCGGCCAGCGGCUCCAGCGAGUCGGACGUGCUCGAUGACUAUCUGGAUGCCGUCUGGUUGACACAGCCGCCGCGGUUGACGGACGUGGACCACCCGCUGUUCUCUGUGAACAUGGUGACGUACAUCCAGCAGAUGCAGAAGGAGGGGCGUUUCUAG